UUAGAGUUUCGGAAGGGUGGGGUGUUUCAAGCACGAACCGAUUUAUAGGAAGUAGCAGAGAGCAGCUGGGGCUGCGCCGCCGUCGCCGCCGCCGCGCCAUGGACGCCACCACACCCGUGCAGCACUUCUCGCUGCGCUGGAACAACUUCCAGUCGACCAUCACAUCGGCGCUGGCCGGCCUGCGCGACACGCAGGCGUUCGUCGACGUCACCCUCUGGACGGACGGCCAGCAGAUCAAGGCGCACCGCAACGUGCUGUCCGCCUGCAGCCCGGUCCUGCUGGAGCUGCUGAAGGACAACCCGUGCGCGCACCCGAUCAUCAUCCUGCGGGACGUGACGCCGGCCGACCUCACGGCCAUAGUCACCUACAUGUACCAAGGCGAGGUGAACGUGGCGCCGGAGUCGCUGCGCACCUUCCUGCACACGGCCCAGCUGCUCAAGGUCAAGGGACUGGCCGACACUGGCAUACAGCAGGAGGCUGACGCCUGCGUGUACGACUCGCCGGUGUCGGCCGGCAGCGAGUCGCCGCGGCCGGUGUCGCCGCCGAAGCGGCGCCGUCCGCUGCCGCCCGAGCCGGCGCCGGCGCCGCCACUUCCGCCGCCGCCGCACGUCCUCACGGCUGCUCCGGGCAUCGACCCGGCGUCCAGCAUGCACUCGCCAGUGCGCCGGUCGCGGUGGUGCGAGUCCUGCGCCAAGAUGAUCGUGCGCGACUUCGCGCGCCACAAGCGCGAGGUUCACGGCGAGGCCAAGCCGCUGCCGUGCGACCUGUGCGGCUCCGUGUUCAAGUACAAACGCUCGCUGCAGGUGCACGUGAAGCGCAAGCACGAUAUCUCGUGGGACAACUACCGCCAGGUGGUGGACGGGCCGCCGCCGCCGCCGGCCGAGCCCACCAACUCCAGCUCCCGCCUCUGCUCCUGCUCCAGGACCUGCCGCGGACUGAAGCUGCACAUCUCGAACGGCUUCGGUCGGCGCCGGCGCUGCCCUGCACACUAG